AUGACUCCCAGCAGACCAUACGUCUCCUUGUUCCCAAACAGCAUUAUCGACGUCGACUUGUGGAACCGCUUCGUGGAAGAUGAGGAAAUCACAGCUGACUGUCCACCUCCAGUCAAGGACGUUCUUGAUAUGGCUUCCACAAAACUUUCCAGCUCAAAGUCUUCCAGCGUUAGCUUGACCACGUCUGAUCAAGAACAGGCGGUCACUUAUCUCUUAGAACAGUCAAUCGAAAGUAUUCUUCAUGAUCUUCUUCUCGACAUCCACCAAGAUGAAAAGAUCGCUCGCAUGCAGACUGCUGUCCUUGAAGUCGAGCAGAGGGCUGAGAAACUGGGUCACAAAACCUCGAAAGGCACUGAAAACACUGACGAUAUCGAACCUGGCACUGUCGAAACUGACGCUGCCGUGUUCAAGUCCGGUCUGGUACAGCUCAAAGGAAACCCAAUGAAGACGGUCAAGCAUAUCAGAUGCCCGAAUUGUGGUCUCCGCCGUUUGCUAUAUCCCCGUGUCGGCUACAACUCUCGCCCUGUCCCAGAUGCCAGUGAACAGUACUGCAAAACCGAACCUAUGAUUGUUCUUGACAAACACGAUGUGCAUGGCCAACGCAAGAAAGGCGUCAAAGUCAAGGGUCAGGCCAAAGGCAGGAAAAACAAAAAGAAAGAUGACCCCAGCUCGCCGGCUGCGUCUGAGAACUCUGACCCACUGACUCCAUCAUCGUCUAUGCCCACAGAGUCAUUUGAAUUCAAAGAGAUCGACUAUCCAGCUGCCAAAUGCCCCAACCGUGACUCCCACCUUGGGGACCACUGGAAAUCCGUCAAUGUCUUCGCCACACAUCUCAAUGGAAGCUGCUACCUCAAGAAAGAUCGGGCUGCUGGCCGCGAAGCGAACGCAAAGAUUGGUGGUACUCCACGCGACAGCAGAGCCAGUUCACCCAAACCAAGCACGAACGGCGGUGUCAAGAGAAAGGCAGACGACGACGACAAGAGCAUCGCCGGGGCCGGCACGAAGAACAAGAAGCAGAGGACCGGCGCAGAGGGAAAGAGGGGAGACAAAAAGGCUCCUCCGAGCAAGUUGAAGGAAGUCAACAAUGUUGACGAUAGCAAGGCGGGCGCAAGCCCAGCCAAAGAGGCCAAUGGUGACGUGGCGGUCCAAGCGACGCCAACCAAGGCGACAAGAGAUGCGAGCUCCGAGCCACAAAUCAAGCUCAAGAUCAAGGCCGCGGGCGCCGGUGCUGCAGAAGGGGCCGCUCGCAAGAAGCCGAGCAAGGCCGGCAAGAAGGAAAAAUAA